AUGCUUGCUGGAUUGACUCAAGCUGAGCUCCUCAAACUCAGCCCAGAACUUGGUGUGUGUGUUGGAGGGUUAGAGGAUGAGGUUGAUGGAGAUCACGUUAUCUCGUCCAGGUCUGGGGAGCUACAUGAGUUCAGACUAAAAGAUCGGAAUGAGAUGAAGGAAUGUGACACAGAGUUGAUGGCUAGAGAUAGAUGGAGAAGCCGAGGCAAGAUGGAUGGAGAUCGAAGAGCAGAUAUAGCUGAAGAUGACAAAAGGAACGAGGAGAGCACACAAAGAACCACCUCUUUUACUGAGAUGGCAAGGAUAAGGAAGAGGAGCAGCGGUCUGACCUCCGACCCUUACUACAGCACUGGUUUUAGCAAUACACAAGAAACCAAAACAAAGAAUAUGAGCUUUGAGUCUUUCCACUAUCCUGCUGAAGUACUAGAUUCACCUCCCCCCCCUCCCCCUCCUCGUCCCUUACCCCCAAUCCCUCCAUCUGUGCCACACCACGAAAUCAGCACUCUCCAGGCUAACUCUGCACAGCCUGAGCGAUUUGAUUGGCUCAUAGCAUUCACACCUGACUCUGACGCCCGACCACAGCAUCCACCCCUGACAGUGAGAAAAUCUCAUUUAGAAAAUCAAAAGAAGCUCAGUUCUUCAGGGUCAUCAACGGGGUUAGCGCCAAAGGUCACGACCUUUAAAGAGAUGCGAUACCGCAACAAGAGCACCUUCCUCCCAACAAAGGUGAUCACCGAUCCAGACCCUGACCCAACAGUUAUUACUCCAGAUGCAGAUAUACUGUACAACCUGAGGUGGAGAAGAGAGAUGGCAGGCGGCGAUGGCAACCAAUGGGAGUACACCUCUCAGGCUCAGGCUUUCUUUAUGCAGCCGCCACCAGCUCUCACCUCAAUGGCCGCUCUAAAGGAAAUGCUCCAGAGAGCCGACGAGGAGGGUAGACAACCGGAGCUGUGCCCAUCACAGAAGAUUGGCUGCUCAGUCAGCGACAGCAGCCUGUGGACCAUCGGCAGAGAAUGGGAGGGUGAAAAAGUUAAGAAGGAUGAAAAGGAAGGGAAAGAAGAAGAGGAGGAGAAGGUGGAGAAGGUGGAGGUGGAGGUGAGAGGACGAGCCGAUGGCGGAAGGACUCUUGAAACAAGAACUACAGCUGUUCGCAGUGUCUCAUUUGCUGGCUCUGUUCAGAGGACAGAGACAUCCUGGAUGGGCGAAGAUGUGAAGCAUCCAAUGAGAGCUCUGGUCAAUGCGGUCAGCGUGGCAGUGGAAGCCAUCUUGGCCCAGUUCAGCUCUUCUCGGACUAUCGUUCAGAAGGCCUUAUCAGGAGACAGCAGUAUAAAUCCAUCUCUGGGCCGCCUGGUGCUGCAGUGUCUCUGCCCCGCCCUGCACAGCUUGCUGACCGAUGGCUUGAAACCUCACCAGAGUGACCUGAUUGCAGGCAGGAGGCCAAAUUCAGCCUGGGGUCUGGUCCAGGCCUCAACCAGGCCAGGUCCUAAAACUCAAGCGUUGUUCAACCUACAAGUGUGUGUUGGAGAGCUUCCUCAGCUCAGACAGAGCAAACACAGGUUCAACGCAUUCCUCCUCGGUCUACUGAAUACCAAGCUUCUUGAUUUCUGGCUGUCUCACCUUCAGUCUUGCAGUGAUGUGCUAGAGACGUAUUACCGCCCCUCCUCCUUUAUGCUUCUGUCGCUGACCGCCUUCCAGCCUCUGUUCGAGGAGCUGCUCCUCGUGUUGCAGCCUCUAAGCCUGCUGACCUUCAACCUCGACCUGCUCUUCCAGCACCACCAUUUAGAGCCAGACAUUCACACUCCAGUCCCCAGUACAACUUGUCAGGAUGCUGGAUUCCAGCAGUCAACAGAGGGGGCAAAAUCCAAAACUACAAGCUGCAGAUAUAUUGAAAGCCUCUCAGGAGUAGACUUUGGAAGCCCAGAAUAUCGGGCAGCCAAGACAUUGUCAGCAUUGAGUAAUCUGCAGAACGGAGUACCAGGGAGUCAAACCAUAGCACUGCUGGACCCAUAAAAGGCUUCGGUCACUCAGACAAGUCCUCAGCUGUUGUGGGGUGCAGGAGAAGGAUAUUGGAGACUUCCUCUUCCUAAUGUUGAGGAGGACAGCCUCACUCAGCAGGCAGGACAGGUGAUCCAGCAGGGAUGGGGGGCUGUGAUGCGCUGGGGAGGCAGACUGAGCCAGAACCUGUCAGAGCUAACCUGAAAAAGGAGGAGUAAAGAUGAUCUGUCGGACCUCCAGGCCCAAGCAGGGAGCGACUUUGCUCCAGUCAGCAGUGGUGCUCCGGUUCCUUGGGGUUUGGGGAGGCUCUUCGGAGCCUCUAAAAGCCUCAGCAGCCCACCAAGUCACACACCAGCAACCAGGCGUCCGUCUCAGUGGCUGGCCCCUGGUGUCACUGCACUGACACGAAUGGUGAGCAGCAACUCCACUCCGAUAAUAAGGCGGGGCCCUGAGCCGAGGGCGAAAGUGAGCCAGAGUCAGAGAAGGAGGUUGACACACCUGGAGAUGAUGGACAAACCCAGACCACUCAGGUCUGUACGAACGCUGUGUGACCACUCUGGAGCAGGUUCGGAGCUGAGCUUCUGCAAAGGGGAGGAACUGGUGGUGUUGGGAGGAGUCGAUCAGGACUGGAUUCGCUGUCGUCAGGGAGACAAAGAGGGACUGGUACCUAUUGGCUACACCUCCCUCAUCAUGUGACUUCGGUUCCAUAACUGCUGCACUCAAUCAAUAAAAAAAACAAAAUGAAUAUAUAUAUAUAUAUAUAUAUAUAUAUAUAUAUAUAUAUAUAUAUAUAUAUAUAUAUAUAUAUUUUAGGUGAGUGUUGAGAGGUUAUGGUAAGGCUUCACUACUCUGAAAGGGAUAAUUCACGCUUUCUCGGUUCGAGUUUGAGUUGAGUGCAUAACACCAUCUGUUCUGCUUUAUGUGCAUCAGGAGCAGUCUGCAGCCCUCUCCCUUUAUGAACAUAUGGGAGUUUUUACCCUCAUCACAAUCCAUCCAGUUUGGUAGCAUUAAACUAAUGGAUGUUGGCAGCAGGAAUGCAGCAGAUGCUGUGAAAUAAUGACUCAAGUCAAACUUAAAUCAUUUCAUACUGAAAGACCUUUGAUCUUGGAGUGAAGUAUCCCUUCAACAUGUUCUUUUCUCAAUGUCUGCCUUCCUUGUCAGACACUGAUCUGAAAAUGAUCACCGGGCAACUUCUGCCCAGUCAACAACUUGCAGAUGUGAGUGCUUUCAGAUCAGAGUCUGCCCGUCGUUGAGGAGGCGACAGUCGACAGCCUGGUAGUCGCCACGUUGAUAUCUCGCGGCUCGCAGAUUGUCGAGUGGAGAAAGGAAGUGAGAGUACUGGGCCGUAGCUCCUGUUGCAUACUGCGUAGUAAUGUAGUGAAUUGUAGCUGUGUAGAUCUGUGUUCUAUUGACCUUUCACCCCUAUUGACCUCUCACCUUUAUCGCCUGGUUCAUGUGUGUUUGACAUGUUUCUGCUACUAUAUUUGACUGUAUAAAUAUACAUACAAAAUAUAUAUAGGUAUAUAAAUUGAGAUUGAUAUUACCAAGAUAGAUAGAAAGAUGGAUGAACAAGAGAAAGCAGAUAGUAAAACACAAGCAGCAGCUUAAUACUGUGCCAUAUUGAGGAAGUGGGAUGAUUCAAAAUAAAUGGAUUCAUUCUAAAUCUUUACAUCUGUAACUUCACACAUGCAUUAGGUGGUUGUCAUACAUGCAAAAAAAAAAAAAAAAAGUUUAAGUAUGAAAUCCAGUAUCUUCCCUCCUGUUUGCUUCAUGUAGUGCUAUUGUCUUGACAUCAUAUUCAUACAGUUAUUAGAUUUAGCCUCAUGCCUUUAACACUGUAUGCAUUGUAAUAUGCCAUGAAUGCUUUGAAUGAAUUCCAGAAAAUAUCUAUCCGUCCAUCCCACACAGCUACAGAAGAUAAUAUCAGACAAAAGCAAAGAGCUUAUCUCUCAACUGGUCCAGAACCUCAAGGGGCCAACAAGUGUCAAAACUAUGCUCAACUCUUGUUCAACACUAUCUGACCUUAAACUGAAUGCAGUGAGAAAAUCCCAGAUGUAUUUAUGAUGUAUUCAUAAAUGCUACUGUAAAGUCCGUAGGUUUGGUGGCCGUUCUUCACCUCAUACCUCAGCUGUUGUAUUUACCUUAACCCUCCUCGCCAUGUUUGCUCAUCAUAAUCAUUGAUAUUAAUGAUAGUGGUAGUAGAAGUGGUCGUGGUGGAAGUGAGAUGUUGAUUCUAACCACAUUGCUUUAUGUCAUAUAUUUAUUUGUUAUUCUCUAGAUUUUGUAUUGAUGACUAUGCAUAUGGUUAAAUGUACAACUAACAGCCUUUUUGUUUGUUUUAAAGUCAAGGUUUUGAUUUGAUGUUGACAUGUUAAGCCUAAAACAAUAGCUUAGAUAGUUAAACUUAAUAUAAAAGACAUCAUGAAAGGCUGACACUAAAGGACCUCCAUUUAAUACAACAGGAAAGUUUCAUUGCUAUUGAUCAAUCAGGGAAAGCUCAGUUCUUCAAAGUUUCCUCGUUUUAUUGUGUCAAUGCCAUGUAGCAUGACAUUACAGUCACUAUGGCAACUGUCCAGUAGCAUUGAAUUGAACCAGUGCUCAUAACUUAUGAUCACAAUAAAAUGCCAUCAAAUGGAUAACACUUGGGUGUUUACAAGAAAUAGUGUCUCGAUAAAGAUGAAAUAUCAGUUGACACGUUCUAUUGUUUAUAUUGUUUGGUUUGUUUAUUUGUGAGAUUCUGGUCUAAAUGCAUUUGUUAGAAAGCUGUUAAUUUAUUGGAUGUACUAACUAUUGAUCUAUUGAAGUGUCUGAAAGGAAAAGCUCUAUCUGACCCAUCGAGUGUCUCUCUAUCUAUCUGGGGUGUGCGUGUGUGUGUGUGUGUGUGUGUGUGUGUGUGUGCAUGCAUGUGAGUGUGUGAGUGCACACAUGGCAGCGUAUUUGGCAGUGAAAGCAGAGAUGAGUGUGAGCACAUCGGUGUGUCUGCACAUCCUGCACUUUCAGUGUGUGUGUGUGUGUGUGUGUGUGCGUGCGUGAGUGUGCGCGCCUGUGUCUUGUGUGUAACAAAGAGACGUGUACCUCCCUCUACUGCUCCUCUUUCUCUCUGGUGUCAUGUAGCCUGUAGACAUCCCUGUGUCAUACUAUUGCAUAUAGUUCAGUGCCCCUCUAGUGUCAGUCACUGUCAACCUCCUGCAUGUGCUUGUUUGUAAAUACACCAAA